AGAGAGAGAGAGCGGCUGGCAGGUCAAGUCCAGGGAUCAUUACAGAUCUUGGGCUAGACUCCAACAUGUAUGCACAAAUCAGCAUGUUUGACGCUUUUAUUGAGCUCAUGUAAUUAGUAAUUAUUAAUUUUGUUGAAGUACAGAAUGAAACUUACUUUACUUUCCUACUUCGAAGAGGUCUGCUUUACUUUUUCAUUGUUUUCCCCUUUUUCGUUUCCUCUCUGUGUUUUUUUGACGUUAUUUCCAGCUGUCUCACUAAAUAGCCUCUGUGGUCGUCAAUCCUGGGUGAUGCUUUCCAGAGGCACUGUAGCAUCUGAUGUCACCGCAAUAUAAAAAGGUACUGCGCGACCACGCUGUACUACAGCUUAGGUCCCUAAAUGAGCCUCUCCCGCACCCUCUCUCUGAUCGGGUUGUGGUUGAGUGAAACUACAAUAACUCACAACAGCAGCGCGCCACUCGUCUCUUGGCUUCUCUCCUUCGCUGCUGCUCCACGUACACAAACGCGAGCAGAAGAAACAUCACGACUCACAUCUGACCGAAAUAACAGACCUGACUUCCAAACAUGCUAUCGGAUUCCACAGUCUGCGGAUAGAAAGCGACGUAGGUGCGGCGGAGCUACAGGGGAACUCUUUAACAAACGAGGCGAAGUGUCAGAAGGAUGUUUCUCUGCCCGGGUUCCCUACUGUCGUUGACGUGCAGGAAUGAUUCGUGCUUCACUGGACUUUAAACUGAUCAGCGAAUUCAAAGGCGGAUGAAAUACCGUCAGCCCGUCUGUUUUGCCUUGGCUUUGCUUUGCUGCAACACAGUGAGAAAGCGGCAGUGGUUGGUGUAAUGCAGUGGCGAUGGACCGUCUUGACAUCUGGGUUCGACACGCUUUCGUCUCACGCGGCUCUCGCAGGUCUGCUUCUCUUAAACGCGCCACUUCUGCCUACAAUUUCUGCCUGUGUGACUUUUUAAAAGAGCGACGGAUGCUCACAACGCAUUUCUACCUGUGAGCGUGGGAGAUGGCGACCGAGCCGCCUCGUCAAACAGUGGGGUAUCAGCGCCUUUGCACCUCUUCGCAUGGAUAAUGACAGUUUGCGCCACAGGUGAAAUAAUAGGUGUAUCCGUUAGGAGAUAGCCAGUUUUACGACUCUGGCGACAGAUCAAGUUUCACAGCACAGUGAUAAUGGAUCUCAAGGUAGAGACCGAAGACAUGGACUCGAACCACCCUCCGCCCCUAGAAGUUUUUGCGCAAAGCUCGACCCUGCACGGAAUCUCCCACAUCUUCACGUACGAGCGAAUCUGCAUCAAGCGCUGCCUGUGGCUUGUGUUUUUCUUGGGCUCCUUGACGUUCCUGCUGUACGUGUGCGUGGACCGGAUCCACUUCUACCUCGAGUACCCGCACGUCACCAAACUGGACGAGAUCGCGACCCCAAUCAUGACGUUCCCCGCGAUCACUUUUUGCAACCUGAACGCAUUUAGGUUCAGCCGCGUGACGCGCAAUGACCUGUAUCACGCGGGGGAGCUGCUGGCCCUGCUCAAUCAGAGAUAUGAGAUCAGGGACAUUCACCUUGUGGAGGAGAGUGUUCUGGAGACGCUGAAGGUCAAAGCCGACUUCCACAAUUUUAAGCCGCGACCCUUCAACAUGUGGGAAUUUUAUGACCGCACGGGUCACGACAUCCACGACAUGCUGCUCUCCUGUCAUUUCCAUGGCACAGAAUGCAGAGCAGAGGACUUCAAGGUGGUGUUUACUCGCUAUGGAAAGUGUUACACCUUCAACGCGGGCGAUGACGGGCGCCCGCCCCGAAUCACCACCAAAGGAGGUAUGGGUAAUGGACUUGAGCUCAUGCUGGAUAUUCAGCAAGAUGAAUACCUGCCAGUGUGGGGAGAAACAGAUGAGACAUCUUUUGAAGCUGGGAUUAAAGUUCAGAUACACAGUCAGGAUGAGCCGUCCUUCAUUGAUCAGCUUGGUUUUGGAGUGGCACCUGGCUUCCAGACAUUUGUUUCCUGCCAGGAACAAAGGCUAAUAUAUCUUCCCCCACCGUGGGGAGACUGCAAGGUGACGCCCAUGAAUUCAGACUUCUUCGACAGCUACAGCAUCACAGCCUGUCGCAUUGACUGUGAGACACGCUACCUGGUAGACAACUGCAAUUGUCGCAUGGUGUAUAUGCCUGGAGAUGCACCGUACUGCACUCCCGAGUUGUACAAAGAAUGUGCUGACCCAGCUCUUGAUUUCCUGGUGGAGAGAGACAAUGAUUUCUGUGUGUGUGAGACGCCAUGCAACAUGACCAGAUACAGCAAAGAGUUGUCCUUUGUUAAGAUCCCCAGCAAGGCCUCCGCUAAAUAUCUUGCAAAGAAAUAUAACAAAUCUGAGCAGUACAUUAAGGAGAAUAUCCUGGUUUUAGACAUUUUUUUUGAGGGGCUCAACUAUGAAACUAUUGAACAGAAGAAGGCGUAUGAAGUAGCUGGACUUCUAGGGGAUAUUGGUGGUCAAAUGGGACUUUUUAUUGGGGCAAGCAUACUGACUAUUCUGGAGCUGUUUGACUACAUAUAUGAGGUGAUGAAAUAUAAGCUGUGUCGCUGCUCUUAUAGGAAGCACAAGCACAACAAUAACAAUGACCAAGGGACGGUCCUGAGCUUGGAUGAUGUUAAGUGUCACGUCAGUAACUUUCACUAAGGUUCAGCAGCCGUGCGCAUGGAACCACUUCAAACAGUUAUCUCUGAACCUGGUUCAUUGCACUUUGACAGACCAGCAGAAGAGCAUCUGAACUAAGCCAGGUGAAGUUUUGUGAAUAGGGGAACACAGCGGAGUGGCUAAAUGUAAAGACAGCCACGCAGACCCACUGGAAAUGGGUUCAGGAACUGAAAAGGCUCAUAUUCAUUUGGUAAAACCACAUUAUAAUCCCAGCUUCAUAGUGGUAAUCACUACCUGUCAAUGUGAGUUUUGGCAAAGUAAUUUAUUGUAUGGGACAAACGUGUCUACGCUCAACAAAUAUAAUUUGUUCUUUAGCAGUACUGUAUAUUUCACAUCUGUCCUUCAGAGGCUUUAUGUCAUGUGCCCAUAAUAUGUUUCCAAAGAAUUGAAGUUCUAAAAUUUUAAAUACGAAUUCUGUGUUCACUAUAUUGCCAAAGGUAUUCACUCAUCUGCCCUGAAUCGCAUAUGAACUUUGACAUCCCAUUCCUAAUCCAUAGGCUUCAAUAGGUUUUAACUUGCAGUUAAAACGGCUUCAGCUCUUCUGGGAAGGCUGUCCACAAGGUUUAGGAGUGUGUUUAUGGGAAUUUUUGACAGUUCUUCCAGAAGUGAAUCAAGAGGUCACACACUGAUGUUGGACAAGAAGGCCUGGAUCUCGGUCUCUGUUCUAAUUCAUCCCAAAGGUGGUCUAUUGAGUUGAGGUGCAGGCCACUCAAGUUCAUUCAAUCCAGCUAGACAAGUAUCGUUCUCCCGACCAAACCUAGACUGGUCUAUUAGAUUGCCAGAUGGACAACUGUGGUUUGUCACUCCAGAGAACGCGUCUCCAUGGCUCUAGAGUGCAGUGGCAGCUUCACACCACUGCAUCCAACACUUUGCAUUGCUGUUGAGGAUGUAUCACUUGGAUGCAGCCUCUCGGCCAUGGAAACCCACCCCAUGAAGCUCUCUGCACGCUAUUCUUGGGCUAAUCUAAUGGCCACAUUGGAGGUCUGUAGCGAUUGACUCGAAGUUGACAACCACUGACCCUGAUCUGUCAGGUUACAUGUUCUACCACUUUGUGGCUAAGCUGCUGUCGUUCCCAAACUCUUCCACGUACUUAUAAUACAGCUGACAAUUGACUGUGGAAUAUUGGUGUUGAAUAAAUAUCACGACUGGAUUUUUUGCACAGAUGUCAUUCUAUCACAGUUCCAUGCUGGAAUUCACUGAGCUUGUGAGGCGCAACCUAUUCUUUCACAAAUGUUUGUAAAAACAGUCUGCAUGCCUGAGUGCUUGAUUAUAUACACUUGGGACCAUGGAAGUGAUUGGAACUCCUGAUUCCAAUUAUUUGGAUGGGUGAGUGAAUACUUUUGGGAAUAUAGUGUAUGUUACAUAACACAUGUUUUAGUUGGAUCAUUUAUUUCAACGUCCAUACUACUCUCUUUGUUUUUUAACAAAAUGUUCAUUGUUAUUUAGUGUUUCUGACACAUCACCCAAUCACCUGACUGUCCUUUUCGAACCAUUUUACCAUUUUAUUACCUCAUCUUCUAAAGUCUCCAGGAAGAACCAGAAAGACUUGAAAAGGCCAAGACAAUAUAUACAAACAUUUAUUUUGGGUGAAAGGAUGAAGUGAUGAAACGCUUCAUAUAUCACAGCACAAGUGUGACGAAUUAAAUUAAGAUUGGCUGAUAUUUGAUUCUUCUGCAGGAUCCUGGUGUUGUUGAUGCUACUAAACCUUAAACUGGCUAAUGGUAUUUCUGUGUGAGUGUUUCUCAAGAUGUCUAUUCUCAAACAAACAGAUAAGCAUUAACAAGAGUAAAGUAGGUUAACAAGAUCACAACUUGUAGAGUGAUUAAAUCAGGAAAUUUUUAAUUUACUACAAAAUCUCCCUUGGCUUUGCCACGUGAGCUUGUUUUCAAGGUUGGCUACUUAAAAUUUUAUAAAAAAUGAAACAUAUUGAUUUAGUUUAGCACAAAGUGUACUACUUUUAAAACAGGUUUUAUUUAAUAAAACCUAAUAAAAUCCUGGUUCCAGUAUUUGUGCUGAUUGGAUGCUUGCUGUAGUUCAGCAGUGCAUUUAACAGACAUUUGCAACAGUCUAUUUCCCCUCUCUGAUUUCAGCAGGUCACAAAGAAAUUUCCCUCCACUGGCAAUGUCUAUACAGUAGGAAGAAAUUUUAAUAAAGAAUGUUUUAAGACUGCCCAUUACAUUUAAGGGAAUUUACCUUGAAGAGGUAGUUUACAUGACAUUAUAUAUAUAAUGAUAAAACAUGUUGAAUGUGUCUUCUACAGUAGGGCUUUAUAUUGCAUGUAGCAGUAUACAGUAGUCAUCUUUUGUACAGCCCAUUGAUGAGUGUAGUUUGUGUAAUCAUCAAUCUGUGUUUUUCUUUUUUUUUGUCAGCAUGUAUUUAUCUGUGUGUCUGUUUGUUGCUACCAGACGUUUGUGCCAUCAAACCGUUCGUUUACUCAUUCCUAAUGUGCUCUAUGGAAUGUUAAUGUGUAGUGUUGCUAUUCUCAAGCACAAACAUACCAUUAAUGGUGAAUUGAUAUAAAUAUUUCUGACUAUGAAUAAUAAUUCAGAUGUAUUAGCAUAGUCUGAUUUGUCUGAUGUUGUACUUGAUGAAUUCAUUUAAUAUAUGAAAUACAGUUGUGUGUUAACCUUUUUUACUUAUGGUUAUACUGAUUGUUUGAUCCUUGACCCUUUUUUUGGGUGUGUCACGCGUGUGUCCAGCAGUUUAACAAGCAGCAUGUAUUAGGCUGAAUGUUUUAGUGUGAUGGACAGUUUGGGUUUUUCAUACACCUCUUGGUGUGUGUGUGUGUGUGUGUGUGUGUGUGUGUGUGUGUGUGUGUGUGUGUGUGUGUGUGUGUGUGUUAGCUAAUCAAUUAAACAUGAAAACAGCAAAAUAUAAAUAGGAACAACAAAACAAAUAAAUUAAAUAAAAUAUAUACACUUUCAUAGACCAUAUCAAUAUAGUGGAGCAACAUCGGGUUCACCAAGACACCAAGAACAAUAGAUUAGCUUUCUUGGACUAUGCAGUCAUCAGAGGGAAUGACUGCAGUUUAAAAAUAGAAAUUUACAGAAAAACCAACCACACUUACCAAUACUUGUUGUUGGACUCUUACCACCCAUUACAACACAAACUUGGAGUCAUCAGGACCCUGAAUCACAGAGCAGGGAACAACCCCACUUCUACUGAAGCCAAGAGAAAGGAAGACAGGUAUCUAAAGACAGCCCUUGAGACCUGUGGCUACCCUACUGUAAAUGGGCCUUCAACAAGGCAGCGUCACAGUCCAGGAGACAAGGACAACAGAGCAGGGCGAGACACUGGAUCAGUGGAAGAAUCUGGUCAUUCCUUACAUGAGCGGUAUUUUGGAAAAGCUGAAAAGGAUUUUUGGGAACUACCGCAUAUCUGUUUAUUUCAAACCCACUAAUACACUCAGACAGAAACUUGUUCACCCAAAGGAUCAGACACCCCAGUGCAGUAAAGAGUGCUCACAACUGUACAUUGGAGAAACCAAACAGCCACUACACAGAAGGAUGGCUCAGCACAGACGGAACAAUGCAUCAGGCCCAGUUUCAGCAGUGUAUCUCUAUCUGAAUGAGGGCCACUCAUUUGAAGAAAGUUCACACUCUAGACAGACAGGACAAGUGGUUUGAGAGAGGCAUGAGGGAAGCUUUACAUGUACAAAUUAAUGCACCCUCUUUCAACAGAGGAGGAGGCCUCAGACACAAUCUGUCUACCAUUUAUCAUGCUGCCCUUACAUCUAUUCCAAAACAAGAUUAAGACCACUUCACAAGUCCAACAGAAAGGACAAACCCUACGACUCUGCAACGAUGGAGGAGGAGCUUGAAAGUUUACACUUAUAACACAUAACGAGCCCAUCAUUACAUGUUGGGAGCGAAAAACCUUACUGAAGGAUAAAUGUGUGGCCUUCAGCCAACUUCUUUCAGACUGAAGAAGCCACCUGGAUUGGUGGUCAAAUGUUUCUACUGAAAAGAAGAAAUCCAGAAAUACGACGGUCUGAUGGUUGUGUUGUGGCAAGGUGCUGGAGGAACUUAAAGUGUUUCUGACCAAUGACCGGAAAGAUAUCUUUUAUUGUCUGACAAACUAAGCUAUUUGGACAUUUUGCACAACGUAUCUGUGUGAGCUAAGCUUCUCAAGCCUGACUGCUUCAGAAACUAAAAACAGAAAAAAAGAGCUGUUGAGGAAGAGCUCUGUGUGUUGCUUUCUUGAAUUAAAGACUUUCUUGACGAUAUCAGCCCUCCAAACAUGGCCAGGUUUCACACAAAGUAGGUACAAAUAUUAAAGAUCAUAAAAUACUUAUUUACUUGUGUUUAUUUGAUUCCAAUUUAAGAUGUAUAUUGGUUGUUUUUUUCAAUGAGAAAAUGCAUCAUUGCUCAAAAAAGUUGAAAAACACUAGCCUAGAGAAUAAUUUGAUGCCUUAGUAUCUGAUAUUUCUUUACCGGAGUGUGGUAGAUGGAAUAUUAUUCACCUUAAGGGGCCAGUUUAAGUGUUACACUAUAGAUUUCAUCCAGUUGAUAGAAUAUUCUGAAAGUGCUGCGAAUUUAUCUACGAGGCCGAUAGUUGUAGGGAGAGACAUUUCCGUAUAUUGGUAAAAGGAUUUAAAGGUAUUAUUUAUUUCAUGGGGAUCAUGAGGGAUUUUCUCUUUCAUGUAAAUUAUUGAAUAAAUGUUUUGUUUUUGCUUGUU